AUGCCGGAGCCCGGGCCGGACGCCUCCGGCACAGCCAGCGCGCCGCCUCCGCCGCCGCCGCCCCAACCCCCGGCGCCCAAGGAAUCCCCGUUCUCCAUCAAGAACCUGCUCAACGGGGAUCACCACCGGCAGCCCCCCAAGCCGCAGCCGCCCCCACGGACGCUCUUCGCGCCGGCCUCGGCCGCCGCCGCCGCCGCGGCCGCCGCCGCCGCCGCCGCCGCCGCCAAGGGGGCCCUGGAGGGCGCCGCGGGCUUCGCGCUCUCGCAGGUGGGCGACCUGGCUUUCCCCCGCUUUGAGAUCCCGGCGGCGCAGAGGUUCGCCCUGCCGGCGCACUACCUGGAGCGCUCCCCGGCCUGGUGGUACCCCUACACCCUGACCCCCGCCGGCGCCCACCUCCCACGGCCAGAAGCCUCGGAGAAGGCCCUCCUGCGAGACUCGUCGCCGGCCUCCGGCACCGACCGGGACUCCCCGGAGCCGCCGCUGCUCAAGGCCGACCCGGAUCCCAAGGAGCUGGACUCCAAGAGUCCGGACGAGAUCAUUCUGGAGGAGAGCGACUCGGAGGAAGGCCGGAAGGAGGGCGAGGCGGCGGGCGCGGCGGUGGGGACGGCGGGCGCCGCGGCGGUGGGGACGGCGGCGGCGGCGGCGGCGGCGGGCGGCGAGGACUGGAAGAAGGGCGGCGCGGAGAGCCCCGAGAAGAAGCCCGCGUGCCGCAAGAAGAAGACGCGCACGGUGUUCUCGCGCAGCCAGGUGUUCCAGCUCGAGUCCACCUUCGACAUGAAGCGCUACCUGAGCAGCUCGGAGCGCGCCGGCCUGGCGGCGUCGCUGCACCUCACCGAGACGCAGGUCAAGAUCUGGUUCCAGAACCGCCGCAACAAGUGGAAGCGGCAGCUGGCGGCCGAGCUGGAGGCGGCCAACCUGAGCCACGCCGCGGCGCAGCGCAUCGUGCGCGUGCCCAUCCUCUACCACGAGAACUCGGCGGCCGCCGCGGCGGCCGAGGGCGCGGCGGCGGCGGCCGCGGCGGCCGCGGGCGCGCCCGUCCCCGUCAGCCAGCCGCUGCUCACCUUCCCGCACCCCGUCUACUACUCGCACCCCGUCGUCUCCUCCGUGCCGCUGCUCAGGCCGGUCUGA